AUGUCCGGAUUACCUCUCUUACCUGGAAACAGUUUUCGUGAUCCUACAAAAACCAAGUAUCAUAAGCCUCAAACUUUAGGCUUCAGGAAUGGAUAUACGGUUACUCCACCACCAAAAGCCGGCAUUGGAGGUGAAAAAUUAACAACAACUUUAUAUGAUGAACUUCCCAAUCUUUCUCAAUUGGCUAUAAACAAACCAGAGAUGAUAUAUGGGCAAGCUAAUCAAGCCCCUGAGGAGGAUUACAUACCCGCACAUGUUGCAUUCGAUAAAAAAGUACUAUGUUUUCAAGCAUUUUACAAACAAGCUGUCCAUGAAUCAGCAGAUGAAUACUAUCGAAUACGAUUUGUGAAAAUUUAUUACUAUUUGGAAGAUGAUUCCAUCGCAAUUGUUGAACCACCGAUGAGAAAUAGCGGAAUGCCGCAAGGUAAACUAUUAAAGCGACAACGUUUACCAAAAGAUGAUUUCGGUAGCACAUGGCAUUGGAAAGACAUUAAUCUUGGUGUUAAUUUAUCAACUUACGGAAAAGUCUUUCAUAUCUAUGACUGUGAUAAAUUCACCCAGGAUUAUUUGGAAAGUGAAGGUAUCGUCAUGAACCCUCCAGAAAUUCCAGCCCCUGAUCCUUAUAUCGAAAAAAGAAAUACUCAGCAAAGAACUUUUGCAACCAAGUCAGAUGAAGACAAAUUGAAAAAAUUUCUAACGCUUGAUAAGAAAGUAUUAAGAUUUUUCUGCAUUUGGGAUGAUCGUGACAAUAUGUUUGGUGAAUUGAGGCCAUUCGUCCUUCAUUAUUAUUUGGUUGACGACACGAUUGAAAUUCGUGAAGUUCGACAGCAAAAUAGUGGACGCGAUCCAUUCCCUUCACUCAUGUCAAGGCAAAAAAUACCAUUGAAUCGGAAUUCAAUUCCUUCGUCAUUUCCAACAUCGGUGCUAGAGUUAUCCAGUCAGGAAUUGAAAGACUACAUAGUUCCAUCAGACCUCAGAAUUGGUAGAACCUUGAAUAUUCUAGGUCGAAGAUUCCUAUUAUAUGAUUGCGAUCUUUUCACUCAAAAUUAUUAUUAUCAACAUUAUAAUAUAACUGAUUUCACACCUAUUGAUGUGAUGGAAAAGCGUCCACCUCCACCUAGAAAGGAAAUUCCACCAUAUAAUGGUUUUGGCAGUCUUGAAGAUUCAGAACAAUCUUGUAAGACCUUGAUACCACAGCCUCCAAAGAAAGAUUUUAUGAAAAUGCUUGAAUUCAACAAUGUUAUUCUUCGUUAUGAAGCUAAAUAUGUGAACCCGAGUCCAGAAGAUGCUACUCGUCGAUUUGUCUUUACAUAUCGGUUAGCGGAUGACUUGAUGCUUAUCUAUGAGCCACGCCAGAGAAAUUCUGGAAUAAUAGGUGGAAAAUUCUUAGAGAGAACUAGAGUGGUAAAACCUGGGUGUGAUCCAAAUAGACCAGAAUAUUAUGGCCCUAAAGAUUUUACUAUUGGAUCAGUUGUUGUUGUUUAUGGUCACAAGUUUGUUAUAACCGAUGCUGAUGAUUAUGUAUUCCGCUACAUCGAAGAAAAUCCAGAUCAAUUUCCAUCCGAUAUCAUCGAAUCGAUGCGAAAAUAUAAAAUCGGAAAAGAUAAAAUUCGAGAUGAGAAAAAACAGAUUGAAUCAAAAAAGACAAAAAAUAUGGCGGCUCCUGUGAGAAAUGAACAAGAAUUAGACGAAUUGGUACGUACAAUCCAAGCGCAACUGAAACGUGAAAAUUACAUGAACAGCCAUUCAUUACAGGAAGCCUUUUUGCAAUGUGAUAAAGAUCGAUCUGGAAGAAUUGACCGGGAUGAGCUUGCUACAUUAUGCGAGAAAUUUAAUUUACCAUGUGAUGCCCAGCUUCUGCGAACUCUUAUUAAUAGAUGCGAUAUGAAUAACGAUGGUUUGAUCGACUAUUGGGAAUUCAGUCGAUUCUUAAACUGGAAUUAAUCAGUAAUUCUAACUUAAAACUUUAUCUUGGUAAUAUUCCAGCAUUUAUUAUGCAAGGAUUUACGUUAAUACGUACUGUAAUAUAUGCAAGAUCAUGAUUGAAACACUAUUACUGUUUACGAUGUGGUCUGGUAUGAUUGUUAAACUAUCUUAAUAAGUAAUACGUAUGACCGUAAAAUUUUUGGCCUUUUUGAUUGUAAAUUUCAACAUACGCGUAUUUCAUAGUUUAGUGUCACGAGUACAUAAAUGCGAUAUUGAGCUGGUGUGUUUCUGUUUUCACGCUGUGCAGUGUCAAGUCCUGAUAAUGUUAUUAUUAGCGAUGAUAAUUCGAUUCUUAUUGGGUUCUGAAUAGCAUAACACAUAGCAUAUGCCUGUUAGUUAAUCAUUAACAUUAAUAUGUCAUGGUCGUAAUAUAAAGUGCCAAAAAUA